ACGCGGCAAAGCAGAAAAAAAGUUUGACUUGCCCGAAAGGAACCUAUUUUUCCCAGGAGGCUUAAAAGGCGGUGACUGAUUAUGCUAACGCUGUAUCAUGCACUCACAGUACCUGCUCUUCAACAACUGAAACAACGUUAAUUUUGGAUGAUUCGUGCGGCGACGUUGGCUAUCUUCAAGAAGGAUAACAUCUGCAUCAGCAACGAUGGCGACUAAAAGGAAGCCCAUUCAUACCUAUACUGCAAGCUCUAAGUUGAAUUAUAGACCUAUGAAUCAAGAAAACUCAAAGCAGGACACGAAAGGGACAAAGCCGGUUCCCGAACAAUCAUCUAUUGGGAAUGUCCUUCUCAUGAUGGUGUUGCAUAUUUGCAGAAAAAUUGUGUUUGUGGACACCAUAAAGAGGGUAGCAGUUUACUGCUCUUGCCUCUUUCUUGUAUCUUUGAUUGGAGACGUAGCGCCAAUACCUAGAAGUUAUUUCUCCAGGUCGGACAAUUUGUUGAAUCAGUGUUUUGUUAAAUUUGGUUGGGGCUGGACAAUGAUUGUUACGUUCCCAUUUCUCAUACUAACAAGCUACACAAUUUGCUGCGGGAAACGAGAUAAAGUUUUGAAGCAUUUGGUACGCCUUGGUGUUGCUACAGGCUCAUGGCUAUUUUGGACGAAGCUUUUUGACUAUAUUGAGGUCAAUUUUGGCAAGUGUAGUAUCAAAGGUGAUUUCUCCAAACAGAGCUGCUUAUCCCAGGGUCAGUAUUGGUACAGCUUCCACAUUUCUGGUCAUGCCUUCAUAUUAGUUUAUAGCAGUUUAAUAUUGAUAGAGGAAGCAAGGGCAAUUGUUGGCUGGGAGAGAAUACGUGAUUUGAUUCGAGAGGAAUAUCACACAAGGUCUAAUUCAGAUGACAGUAGAACGGUUGCCAAUACCAGUCCCCUCGGAAACUUAUCUGAGACUGAGUUUAUUGUCUUAAAAUCCUGCUAUGAGCGGUUUACUCCUCUUGUUAGAGGAUUAUUUAUUCUUAUGACAUGCUUUUCAAUGUUAUGGGACUUCAUGCUCAUUUUUACUAUGUUGUAUUUCCAUAAUAUGGUUGAAAAACUUCUAGCAGGUGUGAUAGCAAUAUUCAUUUGGUUUGUCACAUAUCGUGGAUGGUACACUGUACCUAAAUGUAUACCUGAUCUACCAGGAGAAGGCCUGUUUAAGUACAAAGGGAAAGAUACUGUUAAUGUACCGUUAAAGAAAAGAAGAUCUGUUACAACUUCAAACCCUGGCAAAGGACAGCUUCCAAGGUUUAUGGGAAUGCCAUUGUAUGGCUUAAAAACCCAAGAUCCUGAUAAGAAUGAAAAUUCAAAUAAUGGGUCAAAUGCUAUAAGCGAUUAUUAAUCAUCCAUACAUGACAGAUUGUGAUUCAAGUUGCAUCAAUAUGUACUGUUUGCAUUUCUUUUAUGUAUGUUUUAGGCAUUGUUACAUUUGUAUUUUACUCUGUUGUGUAUUUUUCCUUUCUGAAGUGUUGAAUAGUGAUUAAUUUUCAAAGCUUUUAAUUUAUUUGUUUGUCAUAUUGUUUUCCCUCUAUGCGGUGGUUGUGUUAUCUGUUGUUCUAUGUACAUUUUGUUUCUGUGUUGUAAUUGUAAUUUUGUCGUUGCUCAUGAUCCCCAAAUCACCUCUAAAUCUCUGGUGAUGUGUAAAAACUAAAAUGGAUAUUGAUGUGUUUGAACACCAAAUUUUGAUCAUCUUGCAAUUAUUCAACAAAACAAGCUCUCUACUGUUCUACCCAAGAAAGCUGUGUUCUGUCUCUUUUUCUCUUAGUUUUGUUGUGUAAACUCAAGUUUAUAGUACCUUACUUAUUGGGUAGACAUGUAUGCAUGUGCACAUGUACAUAAAAGGGUGAUGACAUAUAUAGCCUAUUUUCAUAUUUUUGUUAUUGAGCUGAGACUGUUUUAUUAAGGUAAUUGUAAUUGGAGAAGCAAAAUCAUAAUUAUUAUUUUUCUAAAUGAAUGUUUCAAAAAUCUGCACGAAUUCUGAAAGUAUUUUAAACUACCCAUAAAGAUAAAACCGUUGAAUGCCCUUCUCUUUGUUGUGUAUUUUUCAUUCAUGCCAAGGUACAAAGGAAACUUUGGUUUUUACACUUCUGAACCUAAGUUCAAUUCAUUAAGUAUAUAUUUUCAGUGAGCUCAAAAAAUCAAGACUUCAGACUUAACUAUGGUGGUAUUAGAGCUGUUAUUGUUUCCAAAGUUUUUAUUAAAAUAAAUAAAUAUAGUACAA